CCCAGCUGCCAGCUGGCUGAGCCUGAGGUUAGUAGGUGUCGUUGAGGGGAUGGGGGCCGGGCCCCGGGGCAGAAGAGAAGCCCACAUCCCAGACAGGCUGCCUUCCUGCCACCAGCCCGGGUCAGGGGUCGCCAGCCCUUCCUGGGCCUCCGUCCUCCUGGUCCCCUCCUCCUCCCUCCCUCCCCACCCCUCCCCCGCAGCCCUUAUAGCCACAUCCUGCAAGGAAAAACCCCAGACUCCUGCACCGGGCAGAGAUGAGGGUGGUUGUGGGGGCUCAGUGGCCCAGGGCGCCUCACUCAGCUGUCCAGCUCCUGGGGCUUGUGCUGGGCACCGCGGCCGCGCUCCACUGUGUCGGGAACACCUACCCCAAAGACGGCAAGUGCUGUAGCGAGUGCCCACCAGGUUAUGGGAUGGAGAGUCGCUGUAGCAGUGACCAGGACACCAAGUGCCUCCAGUGCGCGUCCGGCUUCUACAAUGAGGCCGUGAACUACGAGCCUUGCAAGCCCUGCACACAGUGCAACCAGAGAAGUGGGAGCGAGCCCAAGCAGAGAUGCACACCCACGCAGGACACCGUCUGCCGCUGCAGGCCAGGCACCGAGCCCCAGGACGGUUACGAUCGUGGAGUCGACUGUGCCCCGUGCCCACCGGGACAUUUCUCCCCAGGUGAUGACCAGGCUUGCAAGCCCUGGACCAACUGCACCUUGGCGGGAAAGCGCACGCUGCGGCCGGCCAGCCAAGGCUCAGAUGCCGUGUGUGAGGACAGGAGCCCCCCAGCCACCACGCCUUGGGAGACCCAGGGCCCCCCAGUCCGGCCCCCUACCACCCCGCCCACCACAGCCUGGCCUAGGACCUCACAGGAGCCCUUCACACCCCCUGCAGAGCCCCCCAGGGGUCCCCAGCUGGCCGCCGUCCUGGGCCUGGGCCUGGGCCUGCUUGCCCCGGUGGCGGCCGCACUGGCCCUGCUCCUGCACCACAGAGCCUGGCGGCUACCCCCCGGUGGAAAUAGCUUCCGGACCCCCAUCCAAGAGGAGCAUGCCGAUGCCAACUCCACCCUGGCCAAGAUCUGAGCGGCCAGGCCAGGGGCCCAGAAGGUCUGCUAGACAUUGAGGGGCCGUGGGGCGCCCCCAAGCACGGGCCGCCACAUCCCACCUUCCCACCACCCACCCUGCCACCCCGCGCCGUUUUAGGUGCUCCUGGGCUGACACCCAGGGCUCUGCUAUGUAUGCUGUGCAUACUCCCCGCCCAGGGUGGUGCCCCCCCCCCCCCCAAUAAACGACACUGGCACAUGUG